AUGAGCUCAACGCCAACCACUUCGUUUAGGAGGAAAUCGAAUUCUCGUGCAAAUGUGAGGGUGUAUUGUGGACAUCGAUUGCCUGCUGCAAUUCGCACUGCGUGGAAGUUCAAUGAAAAUCAAGGGAAGCGUUUCUAUGGGUGUUCAAAGUGGAAGGUUGAUGAUUACAAGUUUUUUGAGUGGAUUGAUAAGGAAGACUAUGGACCUCGCGCAAUUGAAGUAAUUAAUGGUUUAGUUGUAGAUAAUAAGAUGAUGGAAGCUGAAUUGGAGCAUCUGGAGAAAAACACACGCACUCAAAAGCAAGCAUAUGAAUAUGGGGUAAAACUAAGAGCACUUAAAGAUGAGAACAAGACAUUGAAGCAACAACUCAAGGCUAUGAGUGGAAGAGAAAGGGGCUAUAUUUCUGUUAGAAUGGAGUUAGUUCCUUUUCUUGGUUUGCCCCUCCCUCUAUGUGGUUCUGAAGCUACUUUUUGUCUUGCAAAUGCAGAUCUUGUGGUACAUGUUAAUUUCUGGGUUUUGCUUGCUAAAUUUCAAGGAAUUUGGGGUUUUGUGGCUCGUCACUUUCAUAAAGUUGAGAACAAGAAUCAAUCUCUUAUUGCGAGCUGUAGAUUUCUGGUUGAGAGUUACAUUUCGCUUGUGGUUUUAGACAAGCCAAAGUUUAUUAAGGAAGAUGAACAUGGACAAAAAAAGAGCUUGUUAGCGCUGUGGAUUAAAACCCAUGCGGGUAAAGACGGAAAAUUUCUUCCUGACACAGUCACUCAAGAUUUUGUGGAUGAUAUUAAAGCUAAGGUUGAAGAGUUGAGGAUGGUGCACCCUAAGAUGUCUGAACAAGAGCUCGAAGAUGAAGCAUUUCAGCAAACUAUGUAUGGCAAUGAGAUUCCCGAUUGUUCGGUGGGUUACAGACUAGGGGUUAAAAAGGGGGACAUUUAUGGAGUACGUGGUGUGUUAAGGAAGGAAGGCUAUGGAAAAGUUCAAAAGAGGACUAUUGUGAUGGAUAGUGUUAAAGAAGAAGUGAAUGCUUUACACAAAAAAAAUGAUACACUAUCUCAAGAAAAUGAAAAGCUGAAAGACGAGGUCGGACACAACAAUCUUCUUCUUAAAGCGCUUGUUGGACAAUUUUCUCAGAUUGUAGGUGCAGUUCGUCAAGGGAAUGCAUCUCCGGGUCUUCUAAACAAAGCAUCUGAAUUCUUAGGAAAGGCAAAACAUCAGAUUGGAAAAGGCAAUGUAGGUGCAACAAGAGAAUAGGCCAGGACACUUGAGCAUCAACAAGCGACUAUAUCGUCUAUAAGGCCAUCAUCUAUCUAUUUUGGUUUUUAGUCUUAUAUUAGUGAUGUAAUUAUUUAGGGACAACUAAAGUACUACUUAUUAUCUAUUUUGGUUUUUAGUCUUAUAUUAGUGAUGUAAUUAUUUAUUUUAGUGAUGUUUUCUUUUAUAAAUUUGGUA